AAGGUUAUACAAUAUUCCAAAAUAAGACGAUUUAUUACUAAAAGCUAUGUCUGAAAACAACAACAGUGAUAAUAAGAAAUCGGAGAAUAAUAAUGAGGAGUUGCAGAGCAAUGAAAGUGAAUCAAUACAAAAAGAACCAGAAGAUAAGUGGUUGAUAAGAGAAUGUGACCUUUAUAAAGACGAAUAUAAAGAAUGUACAAGCUUCAGAGGAAGGUUCCAUCAGUAUUUUAUAUUCGGCGAGACACUGGAUUGUAACCAGUGGAAAAAGGACUAUGAUAACUGUUGUAAAUGGGAAAGCUCACAUGAUAUGAAAGCUGCGGAGGCUCUUAUUAACAGUGAGAAAGCAAGGCGAAUGGAGAGGUUAAGAGCACAUUAUAGAAACGAUAUAUGGAAGAAACGGGACUCCCCACCGGAAGACUGGGAUAAGCCGCUACCAGAGUGGAUGGUUAAGAGAGAUGAAAACACACUCCUAGCAGUUAAAGCAAUUGAAUUAAGAGAAGGAAAACUAGAAGAGGAGAAGAGCUUUUGUUCUAUAAUGUGACUUAGAAUGUAAUGUUAAUAUAGUAUUGUUAAUUUAUGUGA